CUUGAAGCAGCCAUGGCAUGGAGCAAUGACGAUUUGAGUGCUUUCGAGGUGAAAGUGAAGCACUGUCUGCAGAUCAGGAAUCAGCCAGAUAAUGAUUUAACUCACCUGCUGGAACAAGCCCUGCACAAGCUGCGGGGUCAGGAGAUUCAAGUUCUGGUUUUGCGCGAAACGCUGAGGGCCAUUCUUGCAACAAAUUCUGAAUUGGCCACACGGAUGAAGGGGUUUGAGCUCAUGGAAGCUAGACUCAGAGAGCAUGUGCAACUGGGAGUACGGGGGUCACACUUUGUGGUGGCCAAACUUCAGCAGGAGAUUGUGUGUCUGGAGAAGAAGGUUGAAGAAGCUGGGCCGCUGGAGAAGUUGGUGCAGGACUUGAGGGAAGAGCUCGAUGAGGUGACGCAGCAGCGCAACGGGCUGCGGCAGCAGCUGAGGAAUACACACGAGCACAGAAGGAGGCAGAGUCAACAAAUCAUGGAAGCUCAAGAUAUUUCCCUUCAGGUUCUGCGUGACUGCGUGAGAGAAAUCGACAGAGUUCCGGCACAAGGAGUGCAGCAGCUGGUGCGAGCAAUAAAUGAUCAUAUUCAGCCUGUGUUGGAGGAAGAAGGGGAGGAUAUCAUAGAAGUCACUCCAGAGCCCAAGAUAU